AUGAUCUUCAGCAUCAUAGAAACGUUUGAUGCAGCACUGGCCAAUACCAGCUCUCCAGCAUUCGCGGCAAAAGCUACAAAUAUCCGUAAUCAGGUUGAACCAUUGUACAAGAAAGCCUUUAAAAACUUCGUCCUCAUGCAAAUUGUAAAAUUCAGUGACAAACACCUCUUCAACAAACACUUCAACAAACACAACUUCAACAAACACCUCUUCAACAAACACCACUUCAACAAACACGACUUCGAACUCGAGCACGCCCACAGACCCCUCAACAAACACGACUUCGAACUCGAGCACGCCCACGGACACCUCAACAAACACGACAUCGAACUCGAGCACGCCUACGGACACCUCAACAAACACGACUUCGAACUCGAGCACGCCUACAGACCCCUCAACAAACACGACUUCGAACUCGAGCACGCCUACAGACCCCUCAACAAACACGACUUCGAACUCGAGCAUGCCUACAGACACCUCAACAAACACGACUUCGAACUCCAGCAGGCCUACAGACCCCUCAACAAACACGACUUCGAACUCGAGCACGCCUACAGACACCUCAACAAACACGACAUCGAACUCGAGCACGCCUACAGACCGCUCAACAAACACGACUUCGAACUCGAGCACGCCUACCGACCCCUCAACAAACACGACUUCGAACUCGAGCACACCUACGGACACCUCAACAAACACGACUUCGAACUCGAGCAUGCCUACGGACACCUCAACAAACACGACUUCGAACUCGAGCACGCCCACAGACCCCUCAACAAACACGACUUCGAACUCGAGCACGCCUACAGACCCCUCAACAAACACGACAUCGAACUCGAGCACGCCCACGGACACCUCAACAAACACGACAUCGAACUCGAGCACGCCUACAGACCCCUCAACAAACACGACUUCGAACUCCAGCACGCCUACAGACCCCUCAACAAACACGACUUCGAACUCGAGCACGCCUACAGACACCUCAACAAACACGACAUCGAACUCGAGCACGCCUACAGACCCCUCAACAAACACGACUUCGAACUCGAGCACGCCUACAGACCCCUCAACAAACACGACUUCGAACUCGAGCACGCCUACGGACACCUCAACAAACACGACAUCGAACUCGAGCACGCCUACGGACACCUCAACAAACACGACUUCGAACUCGAGCACGCCCACAGACCCCUCAACAAACACGACUUCGAACUCGAGCACGCCUACAGACCCCUCAACAAACACGACAUCGAACUCGAGCACGCCCACGGACACCUCAACAAACACGACUUCGAACUCGAGCACGCCCACGGACACCUCAACAAACACGACUUCGAACUCGAGCACGCCUACAGACCCCUCAACAAACACGACUUCGAACUCGAGCACGCCUACAGACCCCUCAACAAACACGACAUCGAACUCGAGCACGCCUACAGACACCUCAACAAACACGACUUCGAACUCGAGCACGCCCACAGACACCUCAACAAACACGACUUCGAACUCGAGCACGCCUACAGACACCUCAACAAACACGACAUCGAACUCGAGCAUGCCUACAGACACCUCUUCCACAAACACUUCUGUACCAGCUGCAGCAUUCAACUUGGUCUUUAGCAUCAGUGAAACUUUUGACACAGCAUUGGCCAAUACCAGCUCUCCAGAAUUUACAGCAAAAGCUCAAAGAGUCCGUAAUCAGAUUGAACCAAUUUACAGAAGACUCUUCAGUAACUUCCUCCGGAUGGUAAUUCAUAGUUUCAGG